GGUGCGGACGGAGAGGGGGAGAGGCGAGAUGGUGGUCGCGGCCACCUUCCUCCCGGAGUCGCGGCCGCUUCCGGGCUCUCAUCAUGGGGGACUGAGGAGCAGAGCUGGUAGCUCGUGUCCUCCCCGUCUGGCCCUCGCCGCCGCCACCCCCGGCCCCCGUGGCGGCUCCCCUCGGCUCAGUCUUUGCGAAGCGGCGCCAGCCUCCCUGGGGAGCGGCCGGGGCAGGCGCCGGGUUCAUGUUCCGGGUCGCCGAACCCAACCCGACCCGAGCUCCGGCAGCGAGGAAGAGCUGGUGAGGCCGGGCGGCGGGGCUGCCGCUUGGGUGGGAGGGGAAGCGCCGAGGGAACGUCGUCACAGUACCGGGCAUUUCAGUAGGACUAUGGAGGAGCUGGUUCACGAUCUAGUCUCAGCACUGGAAGAAAGUUCGGAGCAAGCCAGAGGAGGUUUUGCUGAUACUGGAGAUCAUUCUCGAAGUGUCUCUUGUCUUCUGAAGCGGCAGGCAAGAAAAAGGAGGGGACGAAAAAGGCGUUCAUUUACCACCCAUCAUCCCUGGGAGACUGGUCACUGUUUAAGUGAAGGUUCUGAUUCCAGUUUGGAAGAAUCAAGCAAAGACUACAGGGAGAAUCAUACUAACAAGAAAGACCACAGUGACUCUGAUGACCAGUUGUUGAUUGCUAAACGCAGGCCUUCCUCAAACUUAAAUAACAUUAGAGGCAAAAGACCUCUAUGGCACGAACCAGAUUUGGCUGUGGACAAUUUAGGAAACAGAACUUUGCGCAGGAGAAGAAAGGUGAAACGAAUGGCAAUAGAUCUGCCAUCAGAAGUUUCUAAUGCACUGACAAUAACUCAACAGCAGGAUAAUAGAGAUCAAGAAAUGGACAAUGACAAUAAAUCAUACCAACAUCAGGAGUUUUCUAAGAGCAAAGUGAAAAAGAGGAAAGUAGCUGCAGUUCGACAUGGACCAGAAAUCUUGGAUGAAGGAGUAGUAAUAGAAAAUGAAGAAAUGAGCCAAGCAAAUAAGGACAAAAUGGAGUAUGAAGAGCAAAAGGGCUCGGAUGAGAACAUGAGCGACAGUGAAUCCAGCAGUCUGAGCAGCAGUGAUGCUGGUUUGUUUACCAAUGAUGAGGGAAGACAAGGUGAUGAUGAGCAGAGUGAUUGGUUUCAUGAAAAUGAAUCUGGUGGAGCAUGUGGAAUUACAGGAGUCAUUCCUUGGUGGGAUCAAGAAGACUCUAGAGAACUGGAGAGAGAAUUGCCUGACCCAGUCUUUGAAAGUAUCUUAACUGGUACCUUCCCCCUCAUGUCCCAUUCAGGGAGGAGAGGUUUCCAGAGCAGGUUUAGUCAUCUUCAUGGAAUGCCAGCAAGAAACACAAAAAAGGCUUCAGGAAACCAAAAUGCACUGAUAACUCCAGGACCAGGUGGUAGCAGAAAGACCAUUCACUUGUCCCAGGAUUCUCUUCACCACGACCAUUGGUUUAGCCCUGGGGCUAGGAAGGAACAUAGCCAGCUCUUGCGAGACAACCGGUCAGACAGAGGACACAAGAAGAACAGCUCUGUAAAAACAGCUAGCAGGCAAACCAGUGUGCAUUUAGGAUCAUUGUGCAUGGGAGAUAUCAAACGGAGAAGGAAAGCUGCUCCCCUGCCAGGACCCACAGGGUUUGUAGGUGAAAACACCCAACCAAUCCCAGAAAACAACAUUGGAAACCGAAUGCUUCAGAGCAUGGGCUGGACUCCUGGCACUGGCCUUGGACCAGACGGGAAAGGGAUCGCAGAGCCAAUUCGAGCCAUCCAGAGACCAAAAGGACUCGGACUUGGAUUCAGCUGACAUAAAUGCACUUUAGCUGCCAAGUGAAAGUAAAGAUUGAAAAUAAUUUAAAAAGACAGGAAUUGCAAACUUGUAGUAUUUCUUAUGAUCAGCAAAUUCGGUUGUUCUUCUCUCAAAGAUCACUGAAGCUUGUGUGCUUCACAUCAGCUACACCAGCUGCAAGGUACAGACACAGUGACAGAACCGGAGUUUGAAUCUCAUUUUACAAUGGUGCUAAAAUGUACAAACACUUGUACUUUUUUAUUUUCUCUGGUCUUAAAGUUUGUAUUAAGUAUAAAAUUCAGUAUAUUUGCUUCUUUUCAUAGAACCUUCUGACACAGCAGAUUUUAGUAUAUAAGCAGUUUUUUUUGUAAGUAUAAUUUCAUCUCAAGAACCUUGAUAAGGUUUGUCAAGGAAAACUGAACUUUAUAUAGUAAUUGUGUUUUCCCCCUUUUCAGGCCAAGUUUCCAAACCUGAUAUUUCUAGUGUUUAACAGUAUUUGAGGAUAAGCUGUCAUUUUGCCUGUAAGAUAUACAUGUUUUCUGCUGGAAGGUGAUAUGUUAUACAAUUUUGUAUAAGAGCAUGAAAAAUGGUUUUGUCAUCAUAGGAAUGCCAUUUCAACAUCAUUAUCUGGCAAUGCAUCACUGUCUUCCACAUUCAAGCUCAAAAGUAAAGCUUUUAUACUUGUUUUUACAUUUGCAGGGUUAUCUUUUUUUAGCAGAUAUUUUAAAAUUUUAAAGUUUAUUCUGAGUGUGGAUAUCUCUUUAUAUCAGCAAUCCUUAGUGUGUCUACACUUAAGGAGGAUAUAUUUCAACUAUGAACCAGAAAGUUGUAUUUUAAAGAUGCCUCUGUCAGUGUUUAUAUGCUGGGAUUUGGUAUUUUAAACAAUGCAGUGUUCAGCGUUUGUUUUGUGAUUGUGCUGGUGCCAGUGAGACACAUUGUUUAAGGAACAUAAAGUAACUGAAAAAGGGCAAGAAGUGAGAUUAGGGUGGAUGAAAGGAGGGAAAAAGAUACUCUGAUAGCUUCUCAAACACCCAAGCUAGCAAUUUAAAAUCAAGAAGGAUCAUUAAGUGUUUUAAUCAGUAUCCUAAUGUAUCUAAUAUCAGCAGAAGUAAUUUCAUUAAGCAGCAACCAAUCAAGCUCCCAGGGCACUAUUGGUCUGUAGUAUAAAACAAAUUCCACUUUAAAAUUAAAUGAUAGGGCUGAAGAAAACAUUUGUGCAGAUGGACUAAGGAGAAAAUCUUGCACCUGCUGUAGUAGCCAGAAAUAUUUACUUUGAUUGCAGAGGGAACGGGAUUUGAUUCUUCAGUUUCUUUUCCUUCCCUGUCCUUGCUACCAAACUGCUUAGAAAAACACCUGCAGAUUAUUGCAAAGAUAAUUCCUGAGAAUAAAGAGAGUGCGCCUUCCUUCACAUGGCUGUGAAACUGUGAACUGUUGUUUUUUUUUCCUCUGGUCUUUUUCUUUCAGAUUCACCAAAUUAUUUUUUUUUUCCAGAAAAGCAAUGCUAGGAAAUGUAGCAACAUUGUAACACUGAAUUUUCUUAGAAGUUCUGUUCAUUCUUUCCAGGGUGAGUACUGUCAAUUAGAAAACAUUCUUUCACAACUUAGAUAAUGUAGACUAAAAGAUUAGUACCCAUUGUUGUUCUUGAUGAUCACUGCGUGCAGAUGUUCUCUGAGUUUCAGAAGAGCCAUUUAUUGUUUUUUCCAUCCUUGAUAUGAUUGUGUGGUUUUGGCUAUUAACAUUAUAAGAUUUUUUUAAAAUGGAUUUGGCACUAAUAACCAGCACAAACUUUUUGUGGAAGGUUUUGGAGCAAAGCAUAAUGUAUGUUAGACACUUCUAAUAUCUUUUACACACCAAACCAAGUUAAAAACAUUCCAUACCCAAAGAAUUUCAGGGCCACAUAAUUGCAAAAAACCUGGAAUUUUGCAGACAGAGGUGCUCUCUUCUGUAUUUAUUAUUUUCAGUAGAUUUAUACAAUAGAUUUAUAUGACACACUCCCAUUCUUUCAGCGCCUGCAAUUCUCUCAGUGUGACCAUUUAGCCAGUUCCUUAUCCUGUGAGUGAUCCAUCUGUCAGAUCCCUUUUUUUCCAGUUUGGCAGUCAAGUUGUGCAGGACUGUUUCAAAUGCUUUGCAAAAAUCCCGGUAAAUGAUGUCAGUUGCUCUUCCUUUAUCCACUGAUGCUGUAAUUCCAUAAGAGGCCACCAAGUCUGUCAGACAUGCUUUAUCUUUGGUGAAGCCAUGUUGGUUACCACCAAUCACAUCACCUUUAUUUUCCAUGUGCCUUAGUAGGACCUUCAGGAGGAUCUGCUCCAUGAUCUUGCCAGGUGCAGAAGUGAGACUGACUGGCCUGUAGUUCCCUGGAUCUUCUUUCUUUCCUUUCUUGAAAAUGGGGGCUAUGGUUCCCCUUUUCCAGUCAGUGGGAACUUCAACAGGUCGCCACAACUUUUCAAAUAUGAUGGAUAGUGGUUUGGCAACUUCAUCUGCUGGUUCCUUCAGAACCCCUGGAUGGAUCUCAUCGAGUCCCAUGAUUUUUGUUUUAUAUCAGUCUGUUAGAAAUUAUUAAACAUUAAAACUGGUCAAAUUGAUUUUGAUAUGGAGAUAGGUACACCAUUACUGUUUACAAGAAGGCAUUUUUAGAUACCACAGCUAGUGAUAAGCUGUAGAAAAAAUUGAUUUACUAGAAUAUUUUAAUCUUGUGUUUUGAGGUAAUUUAAUGCAGUAAAAUUCCCACUCAAAAUCACAUCAUUUGUCUGCUUCUCAUAAGUGUAAUAUAUGAUACUCCAGUAGUGUAACUUUGCACAAUUAAGGCUAGCAUUAGGAAGAAAACAAAAAAACAAAGUCAUUGUGGGUUGGUUUGUUUUCUUUUUUAAGCCGCUGCAGUGUUUGUUGGCUUUAAAACAAGUUGGAGUACUUGGGUUUUUUUUUCUUCAGGUUUUUCCCAUGUAAAACUUAAAAUCAUCUGCUGUAUAACUUACAAUCACACCUGCUAUAAAACUGGUUCACAUUAUUUUAUAGUACAUCUAGAACUAUUUCCAAUAAGAAUUCGUACUGACUAAGAUACUGAAGGUUUUUAUGCCUACAUAAAUAUUGGUUCAUCUUGUAUCUAAAAGUUACUGUCACUCACCAAAUUCUUUCCAUUUAGGUGCUUGAUUAAUUGGUAGUUAAGCUGUUAACAUUCUGCCUAUGCAGAAAAUUUAGUAAAAAGAAGACAUAUCCAGUAUUAUCAACAUUGCAUUUUGCUACAUUCCAUUGUGUCUCAGAGUUCUGUGAAUUAAGCCAUUAACUGUUAAUAAAAGAAACACAUGAGCAGCUGCUGGCAGAAUCCUGUUUUUAAGUAAAUAUUUGUUGAAGUCAGAGAAGCGUUAUCAAUAUGCUUAUUUUAACAAGUUUGUCCCUGCAUUUGUCUUUCUUCAAUUAGGUCAAUAAUGGGUGUAGAAUGGCAGUAAAUAGCUAAAUAAUAUGUAUUGAACGCUUUGCUUUAACAGCACAAAUGCAAGAUGAAAUAAAAUAAUUAGACUCCA